CAAUCUAUUACAUUAUUCUUCAUAGAAAAAUUUGAUAACUCUAAAAUGCAUUGUCCUGUCUUCUUGUGGACGCCAUUUCUUUGAUUGCUAUUGGUGUAGUACAUUAAAUGUAAGCGGCAAAACAGUGUACAAUAAUGUCUGAAAUGGAAAAACCAAGUGUAAGCAAAAAAAAAGAUAACUAGGAACUCUAAUAAUUUCAAAGCAGAUGUUCCAAUAGGAAAGACUGGUAUGCGUACUCGUAAGACAUCAUAUAAAAUUGCACGCCACAGUCAAAAUCGCAAAAAGGGGCCGAUGUUAAAAAUAACAAGAAGUGCAUCCAUUAUAACUAUGCGCAAGAAGAAUUCCAAACCCAAUGUGCAGGCAAAACAAAAACGGGGUGCAACAAGUGCAUCUAAUAAAACCAAGGACGAAAAUCUUGACUCACACGAAGAAAAUGAAUCGGAAGUGCUCACAAAAGAUAACAUGGAAACCCUUCCGGAAACUGAUCACAUUGAUUUGGAUACACCUUUAAUAAAAAGCACAAGGCGUGUAGUAAAACGUCCAGGACCGAAUGUCCAGGCAAAACAAAUACAGGGCACAGCAAGUGCAUCUACUGAAACCACGAAAAAAAGUCUCAGAAAAAAUCUUGAUUCCCACGAAGAAAAUGAAUCGGAAGUGCUCACAAAAGAUAACAUGGAAACCCUUCCGGAAACUGAUCACAUUGAUUUGGAUACACCUUUAAUAAAAAGCACAAGGCGUGUAGUAAAACGUCCAGGACCGAAUGUCCAGGCAAAACAAAUACAGGGCACAGCAAGUGCAUCUACUGAAACCACGAAAAAAAGUCUCAAAAUAAAUCUUGAUUCCCACGAAGAAAAUGAAUCGGAAGUGCCUACAAAAGAAAACAUGGAAACCCUUCAAGAAACUAAUCACAUAGAUUCGAAUACACUGUUAAUAAAAUGCACAAGACGUGUAGUAGCACGUCCAGGACCGAAUGUCCAGGCAAAACAAAUACAGGGCACAGCAAGUGUAUCUACUGAAACCACGAAAAAAAGUCUCAAAAUAAAUCUUGAUUCCCACGAAGAAAAUGAAUCGGAAGUGCCUACAAAAGAAAACAUGGAAACCCUUCAAGAAACUAAUCACAUAGAUUCGAAUACACUGUUAAUAAAAUGCACAAGACGUGUAGUAGCACGUCGAAAAGCGAAUGUCCAGGCAAAACAAAUACAGGGCACAGCAAGUGCAUCUACUGAAACCACGAAAAAAAGUCUCAGAAAAAAUCUUGAUUCUCACGAAGAAAAUGAAACGAAAGUGCCUACAAAGGAAAACAUGGAGACCCUUAAAAAAACUAAUGACAUAGAUUCGAAUACACCGUUAAUAAAAAGCACAAAACGGGUAGUAAAACGUCCACAACCGAAUGUCCAGGCAAAGCAACAACGGGGUACAGCAAGUGCAUCUAUUGAAACCAAGAAACAAAGUCUCAAAGAAAAUCUUAAUUCUCACGAAGAAAAUAAAUCGGAAGUGCCUACAAAGGGAAACAUAGAAAUCCUUCCAGAAACUGAUGACAUAGUUUCAGAUACACCGUUAAUAAAAAGCACAAAACGGGUAGUGAAACGUCCAGGACCGAAUGUCCAGGCAAAACAAAUACAGGGCACAGCAAGUGCAUCUGAUGAUACCACGAAAAGAAGUCUUAUAGAAAAUCUUGAUACACACGAAGAAAAUGUAUCAGAAGUGCUUUCAAAGGAAAACAUGAAGACCUUUCCAGAAACAUGGAGACCCUUCCAGACUGAUCACAUAGAUUUGGAUAUCCCGUUAAUGAAAAGCACAAAACGUGUAGUAAAACGUCCAAAACCGAAUGUCCAGGCAAAACAACAACAAGGUACAGCAAGUGCAUCUAAUGAAACCACGAAAAUAAGUCUCAAAGAAAAUCUUUAUUCACAUGAAGAAAAUGAAUCGGAAGCGCCUACAAAGGAAAACACGGAGACCCUUCAAGAAACUGAUGACUUAGAUUUGGGUAUGCCGUUAAAUAAAAACACAGGACGUGUAGUAAAACGUACAUUAAAGAAAAAUUCUCGCAAAACUCUCAAUGAAAGGAAAAGCAUAUUUAAAGCUGCAAAUAAAACUUUGUUCAAAAGACGAGAAAUCUUAAGUGCCGAAAAUAAGAUUGAAAUAUUAAAACAAUUAAAAUCAUUGGGAACAUCUAUGCAAACAGUUCGAGAAAUAAGCUCCAACUUGAAGCUUCCAGAAACUUCAGUAUUAGAGUAUGUGAAGAAUCGAAUGCAGAUUGCAAAGAAGAUGUUAGCAAGCGAAUGCGAUGAUGAACACUUUGUCAAUGCAAACUUAUGGCUUAAAAAAUUUGAAAAAUCGAAGAUUUCUGAUCACAGCGAUUUUGAACUCGCCAUAAUAUAUCAUGAAAUUGCUGAUCAUGUACAGCAUCCAGAUCCAGAAGAAUUGGAUGGUAUUGACUUAAAAAAAGCAUACAAGUUCUUGGCUAAUGCAUUAGAGGGUAAGCCACAAAUUCCACCGGAUGGUCCAACAGGUGAAUUUUUAAAAGAACAAUUUGAAGAUUUAAGAGAGCUAUGCGGUACAAAGGAAGCUCAAGCGCAAUUCAAUGCUUUAAUAAAUAACGGAGCUAAGGUACAGGAUACAAAGAAUAUCAGUUUAGAUCCAUUAAACUUAAUGGCUGACGCAGUAUAAAUAUUUAAGAUUUUUUUUAUCGUGCAUUGGCAAAGUAUAUUUCUUAUUCUUACAAUUGCUAUUUAUACUUUAAAUUACAAUUUGGUGUUUAAGUUUAGUUUCUCAAUUUGUCAAGUAAUCAAGAUCUUUUCUUAACUGUUCAUAAUAUUAUUAAUAAUAUGGAUUUAAUAUUACCAUUUAUGAAUGAACCUUUUUGUAUAUUAAAAAACACGUUUUGUUCAAAUAGAAACACAAAUUUAAUCUAAUCUAAUGUAAAAUCUAAUAUCUAAUGCAAAAUUAUUCAAAAUAUAUUAGAGGCGAAAUCAUCCAUACCUCUUUGUAU